AUGACCACUGUGUCUUCCACUAUGCAUCAAAACCACAUUUGGCAACGAGUCAUCGCCCUCAAAGGCCGUUUCCCCAAAAAGCCGGCUCUACCAGCACCAGUUGCCCCAACGCCAUAUAUCCUAAGCAUCCCAACCGAAUUACUCGAGGAAAUCAUCAAACAUCUUGAUCUUCACGGCGAAUUCAUGUUCUCGCAAACCUGCCAGACGGCUCGGAUCCUCACUCAGAAAGACUGGAAAGAUGCGCUGCUCAAACUUCCCGACCCUGACAAACUUCUUUUCUGGGCCCGGGUGGCCUACAGACUACCCAAUCAGUGGGCAUGCGCGCGCUGCUGUAAACUUCACGAAACGGACCAUUGGGACACGCCCCGAAGUCAACGACUGCCACGAUGCCAGCGUGGAGAGACCCUCGACACCCUCGACCGAUGCUACAAGCUUCGACACACCCAUGUCGACCUUGCGCUCAAAUUUAGACGGAUGGGUGUCAACACAAGCUACCUCAGGGAGAUCCUGGCGCCUUGCGAAUACAUAGCAAACCGCGAAGCUGGGUCCUGGAAGCCCGGGGUGCCAGACAAGAUCCUCCACGUGCCGAGGGUUGUUCGUGGCAGAUUCUGUCUAAAAGUAGUAAAAGAAUUUCACGAUCUGAACUCGCCUUACGAGAUUCGCACGUUCAAAGUGUGCCGACACCAGCUGUUCCCAUGGUGGCAUUGGAGUUUCGAUUACUUUGGGCUGUUUGGACAACACGUUGAUCAGGCGUGGCAUCAGCCGGGGAAUGUGUAUGACGGCUACUGCAAGUGGUGCCCAAUGGACUACUCCGUCGUGCGCGAGGAGGGCAUGUUGCGCAUGACAUUCUGGUAUGACUAUGGCACGGGCAAAUCCGCGAGAGAUUUGGAAUGGAUGAUACACGUCGGUGACGAGGUUUACAACAACGCCAUUGAACUCACCACCAAAUACCAUGAGCCUGGAAGCAUUCGGGAGCUGUUUCAUCAGGGAUCAUUGAAUCAUAUGGUGCGAGGUUUGACAAGCAUGUUGAUACGCCAUCCAAGGAAAUUUUGCAGGAGGGCACGCAAGGUGAGGGCGGCACACAAGGCAGCAGAAGCAGCAGCUCGAUGA